AUGGAUCUCUCCUCCCCCCUCGCCAACGUCGACGUCUCCAAGCUCUCCGACCGCGACAAGCAAGAGCUGCAGCAAUUUGUCGUCAAUGAGAGCCAGAAGGCUAGGAUACAAUCCUCUAUUCACUCCCUGACCGACACCUGCUUCAAGAAGUGCAUCCCCGCCGGUGGCGUUAAGAACGGAAAGCUCGACAAGUACGAGGAACCGUGCGUGCGGCAGUGCGUGGAUCGGUUUUUGGAUGCAAAUUUGGUGGUGUUGAGGGAGUUGGAGAGGCUUCGAGGUUAG